AUGUCAAGCAAUCAAGCAAGUCAAGCAAGCCGGACUUGCUUGUGGCCACCUCUGAGCUUGCCCGUUUCUCAAGCCACAGAAUCAUCCAGCUUUGAGAUUGCAAAAUUGCCUUGCAUUAUCUUACCGGCCAUCAAGACGCGCCGUUUCUACAAUCGAGAAAAUGUCAUUGAGAAGAUCGAGAGCCAUUUCAAAGAGGGUGCAUCCAGGGACGACCUUUGUUCACUAGCCAUCUGGGGCCUUGGUGGCAUCGGGAAGAGUUCAAUCGCCCAUAGAUAUGUGGAAACGAAGCUUCAAAGAGGUGAACUUGACGCAGUGUUUUGGAUCAAAGCUGAGAAACCGGUCUCCAUCCAGCAGAGCUUCACAGACAUCGCCUUGCGACUUAAACUGCCUGAUGCUAAACAGUGCGACCAUGUUGAAAACCAGUCAUUGGUUCUGAGUUGGCUCCAGACUACUCGAUGCCGCUGGUUCUUGGUGUACGACAAUGCGGAAAUCCCAGACCUGCUCCUGUCGUACUGGCCCGCUGCCAGCCGUGGCCAAGCCAUCAUUACCACUCGUAAUCGAUCGUUCGCAUUCGACGUGGCUGAGCGCGGUCUUGAGCUUACAAGCUGGGACAACGCUACUGGAGCGCGAUAUCUUCUCCACCUUUUGUCGAACGAAAUUGGUAACGAAAUUAGGGAAAGUGAAGUCACUUCUGCCUAUGAAUUGGCAGAAAAACUCAGUGGUCACGCUCUAUACAUAUCUCACAUGGCCGGUCUCAUUCACAAGCGCUCCUGGUCUAUUGCAGACGGCGUAGAGCAUUAUCAGCGCGAAGUGUCCGGCGUCUCAGGAGCAGCUCGGAUCGAGGCAAUCUGCAACUUCCACUUCAAAUAUCUCAGUGUAGAGGCUUCGACAAUACUGGGCACCCUCUGUUAUUUCUCCCCGGACGCUAUUACGCAAUCAAUCUUUGAGCCUCAAUCAGAUGUCCUCACUGAGUCCAUGUACUUCAUUGCUGACCAGCAUGCGUUCUCAUCGGCAGUAGAAGUCUUGCUUACGCAAUCGCUCAUCCAACGUGAUAGGUCUUCUCGAUCGUUCUCAAUUCACCGUGUUGUUCAGUCAUCCUUCAAGUCAUUCAUGACUCUAGAGCAACGAAACACUAGCUUCAACAACGCCGCUACAUUGAUAUCUCAUCAGUUUCCUCGUCGAGAUGCUACCGCCGCGGAGUUGUAUUCCAUGUGGGAUCGGUGCGCCGCCUUACUUGAUCACGUUCUACAAUUACGUGAUUCUUACAAGGAAGAAAGCAAACUGUCUCCCAAGUUCCGGGCAGUGCAGGCGUACUGUGAUCUCAACAAUGCUUGCCAGAGAUAUCUUCUUGAGAUCGACUCCCUCGACGAAUUGGAGCAAUUGUUGGAGGUAAACUCUUUGGCUUUACUCGCUCUUCCCAUCGAGCAGCAGGUCGUUGCGCUGCAGGGUUCUCUCACAUCUCACAGAGGCCAGCUUCUGUGUCAGCUGGGCAAUACAGAAGCUGGUAUCCAAUGGCUUGAAAAGUCCUAUGACAUUAGGAGCAGAGAUGAACCAUUUAAGCCCACCGAGUCGGCAUGGGCUGCAGGAAAUGCCGGUAACGGAUAUGCUACCGCGAACAAAUUUGACCAGGCAGUUGAGUGGUUCGAGACCGCUCGCAGUUUAUGGCUGCAGUGGUCACAAGGCAACCCUGAGACGACCGAAGAUUGGCCUGCUACCCUGAAAACCGACAUGAGUUUCUCUCUAAUCAAUACUGGUGAUCUCGACCAUGCGCAGCGGCUGCUCAAAGAGGCUCUAGAAGCAUACGAAUCAUCGGAGCUCUACAGUUGGGCAGAUGCAGCAUACACUCGCUUUGCUUUAGGAAACCUCCAUCGUCGCAAAAACAACUUCGAGAUUGCGGAGGCCUACUUCAUGGAGGCACAAAACGCUUGGUGUAGAGGGGACCAAUUGCGUACUGCGCCUUUCAAUGCUGCUUGCAUGUACAAACUUGGCUGCGUUGCUCUUGACCAAGGCAAAAACGAAGCAGCAAUCAAACAUCUUCAAGACGCCCUCGUGGUUACCAAGUUACGUAAGGAGAAGCGGGUAGGUGAACAUGCUAGAGUAAUGUUCAAGCUGUCAGAAGUUCUCGAGCAAGAAAACAAGCAGGAGAAAAGGGCUUGUGAGCUGAGAGAAAAGGCUGAGAUACUGCUACGCCAGCGCAAGCCAGACGCGACUGAGUUUGGUAUCGAGGCUACUUACGAUAGUGUAGUCUUCAUCAUGUGGAGAUGAUACUGCCGAUGUCAUAAACAGACCCUUAUACUUGGAGGGCGAGAGAUCAGAUGAGCAACGAGGUACACGAGGUAAACAAGGGACGUAGAGACGAAGGGAAAUUGACUGGUAUCUAAAUCUCGGAGCAUGAUCUCGCAGAAGCUCGACGUAGAACAAUGGCCCCAUACACUCCAAAUCCCACGAGAUGCGUGCCUCUAGCAUCAGUGAUGAAUGCGAAUCUUUCAGAUGUCUGCCGGCGACUUGAUAGGAGCACUGAGGACCACCUUGCGAGGCUU